AUGAUGUCACCACCAACCGAGACUUGUGCUGCAUGUGCGAAACCUUUACCCAAAAGAGAAUAUCUACGUUGUUGUAAUUGUAAAGGAGUUUAUGACAUUGAAUGUCUAAAUAUAAGUAGUAAACGCUUCUAUUCUUUAUAUUCGUUUAAUAAGGAGCGUAAAGAUAAUUGGAAAUGCCUUUCAUGUGUGAGCAAACUCCCGCGAACGAAUAAUUUGAAUACACCAGUGCGUACUGCUGAGUCUGAAAUGUCUAGUCCCCCGACUUUGGUUGUCUCACCAGAGAACUCGAAUGUGGCAGUCCGCGGCAAACCACCUACAAAAAAUACUCAGGACAAGAACGUUCCUGAAGAGGACAGCAUCAUCAUGGAGAAUAUUAUGUCAGAAUCGCUCGAUGAUACAGCUAUGGACUUCAAACUGCUUCUUGGUGAAAUGAAGGCAAUCCGUGCUGAGAUGCGCUUGUUCCGUAAUUCUAUGACAGAUCUUAUGACUGCCAUUAAGAUGCAAAGCAGCCGCAUUGACUCCAUCGAAACCAGAAUAUCAGCCUUAGAAGACAAGUCAAAAGGCUUACAACGCUGUGAAGUUUCGACUUUGGAAGAGACAGUGUCACAGUUGAAGUCACAAAUAUUGGAACGUGACCAAGACUUACUCGCUAAUGAUAUCCAGAUAGCGGGAUUCCCUGAAACGAGUGGUGAAAAUACCACACAUAUUAUCUUGGCUAUUGCCAAGAAAUUAUGUGUGGACCUGGAUGAGUGCGAUGUGGUGUCUUCAGAGCGUACAGAUCUAAGUCAUCACGCUUUUUUAUCUUGUGAUCUGAACGUAAAAAAGCCGAAGCAAUCCUCAACAUCUAUUACUUAUAGACCAAUUAAGGAUAUAAACGUAAUAAAAUUUAAUUCUGAUGUUGAUGCUGUAUUCUGGGAAGAGUUGCUUUGCGGCGACGUAAACAGUUCUUUAACGGCUUUCAAUGCACAUAUUUUGUACCUGUUUGAUAUUCAUGCACCAAUAAAAACGACCUACAUAAAAUGCCAAAGCUAUCCGUGGAUCACGCCAACGAUUAAAGAAAUGAUGAAGCUAAGAGAUAAAGCUCAUGCAAAAUGUAAGGGUCAUAAUUCAAAAGGAGACAAAAAAUAUUAUAAAGAUCUGAAGAGUACUGUUAAUGCUGCUUUACUGAGCGAAAAAAUAGCCUACUUUCGAUAUUUUAUUAAUAAAAAUUCAAAAAAUGCUCAAGUACUUUGGAGAAAUAUAAAGAAAAAUGUGAUAGACUUCAACAAAAAAGAUAUUGCUUUGCCAUCAAACUUGAAUGAUCCUGACGUAAUAAAUCACCAUUUUCUACACGUGCCAGGAAGCAAUAGUAAUGAAGCCUUUGAUAAAGAUAAAUAA